CCCAUGUGAGAAAGAUAUGGUAGUGUAUCCAUUUGUUGAAGGGCGAACUACGACAUUGACGCGCAAGCCCGAAAAAGCAGCAGUUUCGAAAAAGUCGCCAUGCACCAGGCCACGGCCUUCUUGAAAUGAAUAAUGCAUCUGACAAAAGAGGAUCCAAUUGCACUACCACAUCACAUCACUUCACCCGGCCGCCCCGCUCACAAUCCCGCCUGCAACACUAGCAGCACUUCUAUCUCAUCGGCGACCAUGGAUUUCACCCUCCCUUCCUCAGCUAUGACUUCCACCCGGCAUUGUCCUGCCGCUGACGCUGCCGGGUCGAGUGCCCACAGUCUCAGCCCCCGCCCCUUGAGGCCCACGAUCAGCUUCGCGACUUGGUCCACGCCAUUGGGCUCGAUGUCCCUUCGCAGCACAGAGACACACUGCGGCGUCGUUAAGGGUGACUGGAAGGUGGGCAGGGAGAGGCCAGCUGUCUUGAAAACGAGGGCAGCCACCUCAUAGUCGUUGGAGACGCGCGCAGUUGGUAGCUGAGGGGGCGGCAGGACGCUGGCGUCGAUGAAGCAGCCACUAAGAUUUCUAUUGGCCCGCACGAGGAACAGCAGGCAGCUGGCAUCACCCACACGAUCGAGCAUGUCGGUGUACGCAAACCCGUGCACAGUGGCUCUGCAGUCAAUCAAGCACGCCAAGGAGACGAGAACAAGAGAAGAGCAUCAUAGGCUGAAGCUAUUGACGGUUUAUUUGGGGUCUCUUACUUGUGGAGCAGCUCAAUGCCUGUGAUCUGUAUGCCUGUCGUCUGCAGCACAGCCAUCAGCUGAGCGGCGGAUGCGGUCACAGAGGGGCUGGGGAUGCACGGCCCAUCGCCAUGCAGCCGCUUCAUGGGCUCCAUCACCAGGCCGUGUCUCUGAAUCACCGCCAUGAGUGGUGCCUUCAGCCGCCGAGGCGCAUACGGCGGGUCGACCACAGUCAUGGGUGCAGCGGCACGGAUGCGGCCGGCGAAGUCGAUGGCGAGCGCAUCGGCUGCGAUGUUGGCAUCGUGUGAGGGAAGAUACUGUUUGAGCAUUGACGACAGGCGAUUCACGGUGUCCCUCAGACUGGUGAUCAUUGCAAGCCUCCGGUGGGGGGCUCCUGCUGACAGAAGUACCUCAAGAACGUCGGCGGCCGACGAGUGGACAAAGGCCGCCAUGCGCAACUGAUCAGCAGAGACACAAUGAAGGAAAGAAGAUAGCACUUUCUAAAUGAGCACCACAACGAACAUCAUUGCGGCCUUUCCCUUACUGCUGCGAUGUGUUGGCUCGUCAUGAACAGAUGCAGUAUUCCGUCCACUGAAUACACAUAUAUAAAUUUCCCCUCUAUCUCGGUGCGGCCUCUGAAGCGUCUCUCAAUUGCUUUGUUGAGGGCAUCCAGAUGGGAGUGUUGGGGCAGGGCGACUGUCAGCUGGGAAAUGGACUCAAUCUCGAGAAGCGACCAGAUGCUCGACAGAAUGAAGACGCCUGGAUCGACCACAUCGGCAGACGGCACUGAGACAAGGGAAACACGGAGACAGAGAGCCGUAAUCUGAUCAGCGAGUGGACAUACUCUUCACUCCUUCGGUACUUACCGUCUAAGUACAUGUCAAGCUUCUUGAUGUGGGGCAUUUGGUCCUUGUGAUCGCCCAGUGUGAUGCCCUCCCUCUCAUCCUCGGCCUUGAUUAUCUCACGGCUAGUCUCAGACACAUAGCCCAGAUGCAGCCAGCCGAUCGUCCCACCACCUCCGUUGACGAGAGCCUGGCGCGCCUCUCUUUCGCUGCCGCAGAUGGUGAAGUCACAGAUGGCUGACAUGUGGAGACGUGUGGCUGCCGCAAGCAGUGCAGCAACCUCUCCCCCGAGCAGCAUCUUGACUUUCUGCAUCCUCUGCUGGAUACCCAGUGAAAUCUCCCCCCGCCAGCUAUCCCCCUCUUGACUCAGCCGCUCGAGUGUGAGCCUUUCGGGCAUUUUCCAAGGACGAAUAGACCUCAGAAUGUCCAACACGUCUGUAACGGCCAUGUCCAUCAGCUGCAGGCUCUGAAGAUUCGGCCCCCUUCUCAACAGCAGUUUGGCGACUCCCAGCCCGAUGCGGCUCUUGACGGUCAGACUCUUCACUCGAACAAGGCCGUCGGCCUUGAACGCUUUGAACUCGGGAGGCUCAGGUGGAAUGGCGUCGGCCGGCGGGGUCCAGCCCUGCUCGCAUUCGAUGGACAUGCUGAUUCCCCCAGCCGGACCGCCACAAUCUUCGAGCAUAAGAUUGUCCACCAAGCUCUUGUCGAUAGGCCCGUUGUAUGGCCUGGCCACUUGGUCUUGGGUGACGGUCCAGGCAUAGUGGUAUGCCGAAGGUGGUGUCCCCUGGAUGCAGCUCUCAACAGAAGGAGAGCCGGGAGGCCUCUGUUGAGGCUUCAUCCUCACGUUGUAGCAAGUUAGCAAAGCACUGAGGAGCUGGGGACCACAGCCAGGCACUUUGCCGAAGCGGGUGUACCCCAGCAGAUGGGUGAGUGGGAUGUCUCGGAUCUCUCCACCAGAGGGGCAAACAUAACAGUUGACCGCGCCCGAUGGUGAGCAGGUCGCGUCGAUGAGUGAGGCGAGGGCCUUGAACGUCGCGUAGUUGUUGAGGAGGAGCCAAUGGCAAUCGCUGCGACGCAUCUUUAGGUGCAAGUAGCUGAUGGACUUUGAGCAGCCGCGAUCCAGCAAACACUUCUGAAAGCAGAUCGCAAUCGAGGCAGAAGCAUGUCGACGACAUAGCCUCCGCCCCGCUUAUUUCCGUGCUCUUUCCCUUUCUGUGUGACCUGCAAGUCCCGGAGGCCGUCUUUGAUGUCGGUCGAUUCGAUCUCGUAGAGCUUGAUGGUAGGAAUCCUCCGAAGGUUUGCGAGAGGGCCCGGAAUUCCCUGCUGUCGCACAGGAGUGGACUCCAGCAACUCAGCCGCUGCGAUGGUAUCACUUCCGUAAUCGCAGGCAGCUCUAGAUGUGCAAGGGACUGCGUCGUGGCGAUGAAGGGCUUGAUGUGCGCUAAGCCGGCGGAUAUUGAAAGAACACGCUCGACAGCCGGCAUGGACCAUCCCCGCCCCUCGAUCACGCAGUGGACACUUCUGACCCCUUUGACAUCUGUGAGGGCUAGGAGGCUGAUGGAUUGCGAUGGGGCGGCAGCAGGAGGGGUAGGAUUGAUGGUGGCCAAUUGAUUGAUCUCCGGCCGUCCGCUGUCUGGAAGCACCACGGCUUCGAAGGUCAGUAGCCUGAGCGAUCCCUCGGCCAUCGUGGUCGCCGGCCUCUCCUUCUCGCGCGCCGCCUGCCGUCCCGCCACAUGGCCCUCCACCAGUGCAAUGACGAGCCCACGGCACCAUCCAUUUGCGACAAAACGGCGGCCAGCCGAAACCCCUUCUGCCCCAUCAGGUGUCUGCGGGCAGCGGUGGAUGAGACACUUAAGGUUAAUCAUCUGUUUGCCCAGCUCGUAUGCCGUCUGCGGGGUCAUGGCAGACCAGAAGAUUCUCUCCCGUGUGUUGGAGGAGUCGAUGACGAGCUCGGUGUAGUGCUCGAGCACGGCCCCACUGAGUGGGGAGGGCAGUGGUGGCUUCAGACACCACACGGGAGUGACAAACGCAUACACGCCAAGAUGAAGCUCCCGAGGCUGCACAGUGCAAGGAAGGGCAGCGGACAGUUUCUGGUGCUGAGCCCUUUGUUUGUCGAUGGAUGCCUACCAAAGCAAUGCCGGACCAGAAUUGGAGGCGAAUGGCCUGUCAUUCAGCGAAUUCAUCCGUCAGCCGAGAGACGCACAAAAGAGACGAAUGAACGAUGACCAACGUUCACAUAUCUUCGCAUGCCUCACCUUAAAGACGGCAGCUAUCGCUUCAUCACUGGCCGCAGAAGCAUCGCUGCCACAUGCCAUGGCAUAUUGCCACAUAUUAUCUCGACCCUCUCCUACGGAAAGCAAUUUGGGGGAGGGUGGUCGUCUGCAGGAUGCGGUCAGAUGUGAUUCAUUACCGUUGUAUGCGGCC